UUCUCUUCAGCCUCCCCAUUCGCCUCCAUCUCUAUUCUCAGUCUCAACUUUGAACUUGCCCCCUCUCUCUCUGCAACUCCCCAAUCGCCUCCAUCUCUAUUCUCGUUCUCAACGAUGAACUUGCCCCCCCUCUCUCUCUGCAACUGCUAACUAGAAAAUCUACAAGAAUCAGAAGUUCAAAACCCAUAUAUUUCAGUUUAUCUAUCUGUCUGCAAGAAUCAAAAGUUCAAAACCUAUUACAUAAUCAAAACCCAUAUCUGAUAUGCCAAAUUGUUCAAAAAAUCAAAACCCAUAUCUUUUAGUUCCCAUCGCCCGCUGUUCCAGUUUGGGUUCGCCGUUCACAAGCUUCAGCCGCUGUCUCUCAACUCUCAAGCUUGCCCCCCUCUUUCUUUCUGCAACUGCUAACUUGAGGACGACACUUCCAGGGACCAGAUCAUCGAUAGUUACAUCAAAACCCUAGUUAUGGUUGUUGGAAGAGUGAGUGCUCCGCAGUAUCGGAUGUUGCCGACGCAGACAAAUCUGAAAAUGCCUCCACUUCCUUCCAAUAUGACGGAAAAGGUUCUUCCAGCUGCAGCAACACAAUCAAAGACCAGUGGGGGUGUUAAUACACAGAAUGGAGAAGAAGUUGCGAUUAAGCUGUUCUCUCACCACCAAUCCUCGAACUCUAGACCACACAAACCAACUUCUAUGCCAAAGAGUCUAUGAGUAAAUCGGUAUGAAGACUUGGUUCGUGAUGUUCAUCAUUGCUCGGAUGAUUGUAGAUUUGAGGGUCUUAGUUCUUAUAAAGGUUGGCUUGAAAUGCCACUUAUAACCUUAUUUGUCAAAAUGUGUAUAUUUGAUUCCAUUAAUGUAAUAUGUAUAUAAGUACACUCUUUACAAUGUCUUUGACAUGUAUGGAAUGAGGCCGGAGGCCAAUGACAUGUAAUUUGUAUCCUAUGUAAAUUUUGACUUCAUGAAAUAUUAUGAAAAUAUUGAAAAAUAUUAAGUUAUUGCUUCA